AUGGCAAACGGCAACAGCCACGGCAACAGCCAGUUAAGCCGACUAAAAAACACACUACUACAAGUGGCAGAGAGACUCGAAUCUUUGGAACACCAUGAUCAUGAAGGUGAGAUAACUGAGCUUGAGCUUAAAAUGUUUCGUAGCUAGCGCUAUUUUUCGACUAAUAAUACUUGAAGGUGCCUUAUAAAUGUAAAGUGCAGAAAAUAAUGCUGUUAUCCCGACGUUCUAUCGCAAUCGGUGAACGAUUUCCGUAUAACCCCAUCAAUAGUUAUGCAUACCGUUCUUAAAACUGAAACAAAAGCCAAAACAAUAGAACUCUAAAAGCAAAAAAAUAGCACACAUACCUAAUUAAUGUCACCAUGGGGUUAGUUAUGCAAUGAAACAUAACAAAAUUUGGUAAACUUACUGAUUGUCAUGCAAUCUUCCUGAUGGUGAGAUUAAUUUUUUGUUAUGAAGUUAAUUUGAACAAUGUGUAAACUGGGGCCCAGUCCCUUUUUGAACUUCGGAACGGGCAAUUGGGAACACUAAUUAAUUAUUGGAAUUUGGAAGUGUUGGUUUAAUAACACAAAGUCAGCUUCACAAUAAAAGUAAGAAUAAAAAGAAAAUGGAAUGGAUGUAUAAUGCCAAAAACAUAUACUAACCUUCAGUUAUGCAAACUUACUGAUUGCAUGCUCUAAGAGAAGGUACACUGAAUAAAAAUUAGAGGGCCAGAUCGUUAUGAAAUGAAAUGGACACCCUGAACUGGUUACUGUUGAAUACUUUCAGGUGCUACUAGCACUAAUAUUGCUAGUGCUGCAACAGCAAGAACCUCAUCCCACGAGGAUGCAAGAGCAAUACCAACUGCAACACCUGCUGGAACAGCUGGGUCAUCAUGUAUUGGCAGCAUUCCUGGUCCUUCAGGAACAACAAGAGCUGUGCAACCAACAGCAAACCUAAGAAAUUCUGUCUCUGCCGCAGCCUCAGCUCAAGAACAUCGAAGGCUGUUCAAUUACAAAACAUCU